CAAAUUAACAAUUAAAACCCUCAAAAAACCCUAACGUUGAGAUGUUCUUAAUCGAGAAAUCUUUUCUCUCUCCUCGCCUAUCUCUCUUCCGCCCCCCUCCUCAUCCUCAUAUCUGGUCUACCUCGACGUCCAGUAAUUACAGGUAUUCUGAAAGAAUCAUCUAGAAGAAACUUUCCAGUUAAGUGGGCACAUUCAACAUCAACCAUGGCAGCUGCAAACGAAGAAAAUAUAGGUAGCCUUAAAGAACAAAUAGCAAAAGUAUUUGAAAUCUCACUAAAAGUCACCAUCCCUGAGGAGCCAGAGGUGGUGCCUUUAAUCGCCGCCUGUGCCAAAAAAGAAUUUGGUGAUUACCAAUGCAACAAUGCCAUGAGCUUAUGGGCUAAAAUAAAAGGCAAGGGUACUGAGUUUAAAGGUCCACAACCAGUUGGACAGGCAAUCAUGCGAAAUCUUCCAGCUUCUGACAUGAUAGAAUCAUGCUCAAUAGCUGGACCUGGUUUUGUAAAUGUUAAAUUAUCAAAGCAAUGGAUAGCUAAGAGCAUUCAAAAGAUGCUGAAAGAUGGUAUUGAUACAUGGGCACCAAAGCUUCCUGUGAAAAGGGCAAUUGUGGACUUUUCAUCUCCCAAUAUAGCAAAGGAAAUGCAUGUGGGACAUCUAAGAUCUACCAUUAUUGGAGACACUUUAGCCCGUAUGCUUGAGUACUCUAAAGUUGAUGUUCUUAGGAGAAAUCAUGUUGGUGAUUGGGGCACUCAGUUUGGAAUGUUAAUUGAGUUCCUAUUUGAGAAGUUCCCUAGUGGGGAAGUUAAUGAUCAAGCCAUUGGAGAGCUUGAGGUGUUUUACAAGGCAUCAAAGCAGAGAUUUGAUAGUGAUCCUGAGUUCAAAGAGAGAGCUCAGAAGGCAGUAGUCAGUCUUCAGGGUGGUGAGGAAAAAUUUCGGAAAGCAUGGGCACAAAUCUGUGAGAUAAGUCGAAAGGGUUAUGAAAAAGUAUAUCAACGCCUUGGAGUCCACUUAGAAGAAAAGGGUGAAAGCUUUUAUAAUCCAUACAUUCCUGGGACUCUAGAUUUGCUGAGGGAAAAGGGAUUGAUUGAAGAAAGUGAAGGAGCUCAAGUGAUCUUCAUUGAAGGAAAAAAGAUCCCUCUUAUUGUUGUGAAAAGAGAUGGAGGUUUCAACUAUGCUUCAACAGAUCUUGCAGCUUUGUGGUAUCGGCUUAAUGAGGAAAAAGCCGAAUGGAUUAUAUACGUGACUGAUGUAGGCCAACGAGAGCACUUUGAAAUGUUCUUCACUGCUGCUAAACGUGCAGGGUGGCUACCGAAUGAUGAGAACAAAUACCCGAAAACAAGUCAUGUAGGAUUUGGACUUGUUCUUGGUGAUGAUGGAAAGAGAUUCAGAACUCGAAGCACUGAAGUGGUUAAGUUGGUUGAUUUGCUUGAUGAAGCUAAAACUCGGUGUAAAGCUGCACUUGUGGAACGAGGCAAGGCUGCUGAGUGGACUGCUGAGGAGCUUGAACAUACUGCUGAAGCAGUUGGAUAUGGUGCUGUUAAGUAUGCGGAUUUGAAGAACAAUAGAUUGACUAAUUACACCUUCAAUUUUGAUCAGAUGCUUAAUGAUAAGGGAAACACUGCUGUGUAUCUUUUAUAUGCACAUGCUCGAAUAUGUUCAAUUAUUCGCAAAUCUGGUAAAGACAUUGAGGAGUUGAAAAAGGCUGGACAAUUAAUAUUGGAGAAAGAUGAAGAACGCAAACUUGGAUUACAUUUGCUCCAGUUUGCUGAGGUUGUGGAAGAGGCGUGCACAAAUCUGUUACCAAAUGUGUUGUGUGAAUAUCUUUAUGAUUUAUCCGAGAAGUUUACCAGUUUUUACUCUGAAUGCCAGGUUGUUGGGUCGGCUGAGGAGACAAGCAGAUUAUUGUUGUGUGAGGCAACUGCUGUCGUUAUGAGGAAAUGUUUCCAUCUUUUGGGGAUUACUCCUGUCUACAAAAUCUGAUCUCUAAUUUUACAAUUUGGACCCUCAAGAAUUCCGUUGAAGCUCAAUACACCCUUGAGAGUUGUAAACAUUUAUAUGGGUAGUCAUUUUUCUGAUUUUGGAGGCGGGUUUUGGACUUUUUUUUUUUUUUUUUUUUUUUUUUUUUUUUU